AUGGGGGCCAGGCAGUCCAGUGCCCGCUGCAAGGACAAGGGUCCCCUGGGGCGGGGGCUCCUGCGGAGGAGGCAGACGUUCUCCCCAUGGGACGAUGCUCUGCUCUCAGGGAGGGACCCGCGGUGUCUGCUGAAGCGGGGCCUGCGGCACGUCAGUUUCAGCCUGGUCACCAAGGGCAUGACAGAUGCGCCCGACUUCCUGUGGGGCCUGUUGGAGGUGCAGAAGCUCAACCUGUCCCACAACCAGCUCAGGGUCCUCCCGCCCGAGGUGGGGAAACUGACGCGGCUGGUGGUCCUGAACUUGUGCGGGAACCGCCUGAAGACCCUGCCCCGGGAGGUCAGCCUCCUCCAGAGCCUCAGGGUCCUGUUUGUGCACAUGAACUGCCUGACGGAGCUGCCAGCCGAGCUGAGCGCCUGCCGGAACCUGGAGGUCCUGAGCCUGUCGCACAACUGCCUGUCCCAGCUCCCAGCCAGCCUGGCCGACCUCUCCCGGCUGCGCAAGCUGAACCUCAGCCACAACCGCUUUGCCCACAUCCCCAUCUGCGUGUUCUCGCUCAAGGAGCUGGACUUCCUGCACGUGGGCUCCAACCGCCUGGAGAACAUCGCCGAGAGCAUCCAGUGUCUGGCCAGCCUGCAGAUCUUCAUUGCCGAGAGCAACAACAUCCACACCUUCCCGCGCUCCCUCUGCCUGCUCACAAGCUUGGAGCUGCUGAACCUGAACAACAACGACAUCCAGACUCUCCCCGAGGAACUCUACCUGCUGUGCAGACUGACCAGGAUCGCUUGGAACCCCAUGGACAAAGGGCUUCACAUUUCCCGCAACCCUUUAUCCAAACCUCUGCCCGAGCUGCUGGAGGGCGGUCUGGAGAUGCUCUUCAGCUACCUGAAGGACAGAAAACACACCUGACAGCCUCAGCCGGGUACUUCCCGGAUCUAAACCUACUCCUUUUCCUAUUCUUGGGGGUCGCGAUGCUUGUGUUACUAUUUGCUAAAUCACACAGAAUGCCCCUUCUAGGGAGGUGUUUGUUUUUAUCUCUGUAUGUUCUUAGUAACCUGCGUAAUUCUAUCUUUGUCUCCUUCUAAACAUAAAUUGAAAAAGGACUUGGGUUUUCCCCAAAGAGACAUAAUUCUGAUUCUUUUGGGGAGCAGUGGAAUUCAGCCUUUGGAAAAGAGGACGGCAGGUCUGAUUCAAUGUCAAUCGAAAGUGAAAUAUUUACUAAGUAUGUGCUGUGGGCCAGGUAUGAUACAGGGGCAUUGGUACCAUCUGGUUUCAGCCCCUGAACUGGGAACCUGCAGCUGGGUAGCAACAGCAAGACAUGCUCCCCCCUCUGCCACCAUCAAGCAUCACUUGGGACCAAAGCGCAAGCUGGGGCCCCGCCCUCCCGGCAAUGACCAAAUCCAGCAGAGCUUCCCCGCGAGUCCUGGAGGAAACAACCCCAGGAACUUUGGCUCCAAAAUGACUGUUGGGUAGCAAUCUAGCCGCUCAUGCUGACGUCUGGUGGUGAGCGAUGGGGGUACAGCAUGAUGGCUUUCAGAGAAUAAAUACAAACCAAAAUUAACGUUCAGUGUCCACCUUCUU